GGGAACACACAGAGCUGCCAAGGUCGGUGAAAGUACUGCACACAGCCAGGCUUCGGUGCUGAGCUCCUGUAGACUCCUACACCGACAGACAUACCGAGACACAAAGAAAGCGGAUGAUAUAAACCGCAGCCUGACGUCCUCCACCAGAGAAGAAACCAAAUGGGGAAUCUAUUAAAAGUGCUCACGUGCACAGAGUUUGAACAGGGGCCAAACUUUUUCCUUGAUUUUGAAAAUGCACAGCCGACAGACGGAGAGCGUGAGGUGUGGAACCAGGUGAAUUCAGUCCUCCAGGAGUCUGAGAGCAUCCUGGGUGGCCUGCAGUCGUACAAAGGGGCUGGCCAGGAGAUCAGAGAUGCGAUCCAAAACCCCAGUGAUCACAGCCUGCAGGAGAAGGCGUGGAACUCCGUCUGCCCGCUGGUCAUCAAACUCAAGAGGUUUUACAGCUUCUCCCUCAAACUAGAGAAGGCUCUGCAGAGUUUGUUGGAGUCCCUGACGUGUCCGCCCCUCACGCCCACUCAGCACCUGGAGAGGGAGCAGGCGCUGGCCAAACAGUUCGCUGAGAUCCUCCACUUCACUCUGCGCUUUGAUGAGCUCAAGAUGAGGAAUCCUGCCAUCCAGAACGACUUCAGCUACUACAGAAGGACCAUCAGCAGAAACCAGAUAAACAACAUGAACCUGGACAUAGAGAAUGAAGUCAACAACGAGAUGGCCAACAGGAUGUCUCUGUUCUACGCGGAGGCCACACCCAUGCUGAAAACACUCAGCAAUGCAACCACAAGCUUUGUGACAGAGAACAAGACGCUUCCACUGGAGAACACAACAGACUGUCUCAGCACCAUGGCCAGCGUCUGUAAAGUCAUGCUUGAGACGCCAGAGUAUUCAAGUCGUUUCAGCAGUGAGGACACGCUCUUGUUUUGCAUGAGGGUCAUGGUUGGAGUCAUCAUUCUGUAUGACCACGUCCACCCCAACGGCGCCUUCAACAAGUCCUCCAAGAUAGAUAUGAAAGGCUGCAUAAAGGUCCUGAAGGACCAGCCAGCAGACAACGUAGAAGGUCUCCUGAAUGCACUCAAAUUCACCACAAAACACCUGAAUGACGAGACCACUCCGAAGAACAUCCGGACGAUGCUCCAGUAAUAUUCCUUCUCUCUUAUAUAAAUAUAUAUAUAAAUAGAUAUGAAGAGGAUCACUGCUCUGACCUCAGAUAAGAUGUAUAUGUUUACAUUAUUUAAAGAGUCGAUGUUAAUACUUUUGUGUAUUUGCAUAGUGAUUCCCUCCAAGUUACUGAAGCCUGCAGAUCAUGUACACACUGUGCAAAAAGAAAGAAGCUUCACAUAAUUGCCUCGAGCGGUCAGAGCACAAAUGAUGGUUGCCUAUCAGCCUCACAUGUGCUGAGCUUUGCGAGCAGCGCUCACAAAUAAAGAUCCCAGGAAGCAGGAAAACGUCCUUUAAAAUGUACUUUUUCAAUUUUCUAUUUGGAACUGUGGCCAUCAAACUGUUUCUCCUCAAAUCCAGACAGACGCUGAAGAUAUUUCAUCUUCGCGUGUGUCGGCUCGCGCACAAUGAGACGCACAAUCAUUCUAAUCGUUUGUGUUGCCGUGAAGGGCUGAAGACUACAGCAGGGGGCGAUGUUUCACUAAGAGCACCUUGGUGUGUUCUCUCUCUUUUCUGUGUUCAAACUCCAGCAGCCUUUGAAUUAAACCCACUGUGAACAUGAAACCGGACUUUGCACGUCCAGUGAGAUCCAGCGUGUCAAAGCUGAGGGGUGCGACUGAUGAGAAGUCGGUGAAAGACGUCACCGAACCCGCCGCGUUUUACUCAGUCGUGUUUGACUUGCGUGACAAUAAUUGUGUGUUUUCCGUCUUCUGAGUGACUUUUAAUCUGCGAGGCUUUGCUGUUGAACUUUCUUUAAAAGAAAAGCCAAAAAUGUCUUUAAUUUUCUGAAUAAAUUCUGUUUUCUUCUGUUUUCCACUUUUGUUUUUGAGUCUCUUUGAGGAAAGAAUUGAGUAACAUUUCUCCUGGACUGGGAGGGGAAAUGUGUCCAGAUUGUUUUUAUAUGGUUUUUGAUCAUGUGUAAACUCAUAGUCUUCUGAGCAAUUCCAAGACUCACGCCUGAGAAACUCAAAUGAAACAUCGGAGUGUAAGGUUGUUGUCACUGAUCACGGCCUGUAGCUCGUUCUUCUGCUGUCGUUUUAGAAGAACGGUUCUCUCUGAUUUUGGGGGGUUUUGUUUCGAGCCUGCUCACAGUCGGUUGGACAAUCUGUGCUUUAAUUUUAGUUUUAGUUCAUUUGUAAUGUCAUCUGAUCACCGGUGCAUCAGGACAGCACGUCUAUUAUACGAAGCAAUGAAUCCUCGUGCACAGCAGUCAACUCUUACUUUGUUUUUGUUCAACUGCUGUACGCUCUGUUGUUUGAGCCUUUUUACAACGCGACCUAAUUACAGUAAUAACUGUGUCAUCCACGAGUGACGAUUAACCCCUGUGGUGUCUGUGGCUCAUUGCGAAGCGCCACAUUUGCCUUAAAAGCUGCCGCAGGCCGACACGUGUUAGGACGUAACCUGUGAAACAUCCACAGUUUUACUUUAUUUUGAAUCCAAAAGCCAUAAAUACACUCCUGGUCUUUAACAUUCAUCCUCUGAUUAGUUAACAGUAAAUUAACACAGUCUUUCAUAUAAGUUUCUUUCUCUUGUAUUUAGUAAUAUAUAUACAUACAUUUUGGAGGCCAUGUUUAUAUGCAACGAGUGAAAGCUCGUUUGAAGCCGGCUGUGCGUAUGAGAGUGAUAUUUCAUAUCUGACUGAAGUGGAUUUUUUUUAUUAUUAUUAAUAAAAAAAUGACAUUGUCUGUCAUAAUUGAUGUACACGAGGCUUCCCUCUUUGCCCAACAUAUGCUGUGUGUUGACAAGUUGUUUUGAAUACUGAUCAAAAUCAGUUACUUUGUCUCAAACUGACAUUUACUGUUACAUAUUUCUGGAGUUCAGACUCACUGGUGUUAGAAAUGGCUUUGCUGUGUUGUUGCAUAUUGACUGGGACGUGUGGACUGGAUAAUAAAGGUGGUACAUUUCUUACACA